AUGUGUAUACUCUGUGUGAUUCAGAAGUGGUCAAGAAAGGUCGCUACCAUGCUACCAUGGUUGGUAAUCCCACUGAUUGGACUGUGGCUGUUAUCCCAAUUCCUUCCACCUGCUUUUCGUUUUGAAAUCACUUCACCAAGGCUAGCUUGCGUUCUUGUCCUCCUAAUCACCCUCUUCUGGUAUGAAAUCUUGAUGCCCCAACUGUCUUCUUGGCGUGCUCGUAGGAAUGCUAGACUUAGAGAGAGAAAAAGGUUUGAAGCCAUUGAAAUGCAGAAGCUUAGAAAGACUGCAAUCAGGCGAUGCAGGAACUGUUUGACUCCAUAUCGUGAUCAGAACCCUUCUGGAGGUCGCCUUUCAAAUUCUGGGAUUUUAAAAGAUUUGGUAGGGAAAGGUGAGAAGAUGUUGAAUGGGAAAGUUUGGUCUGAUAAUAAUUGGAUAUGUGGUCAGGAUUGGCUUGAAAAUGGUGGUAAUUGGGCUCAUGGGUCUGGUUCUUGGAAGUCUAGUUACAGUGACCACUUCUUUUCUGAAAAAUCAUACUCUUUUCUUCUUGUUUUUGUCUGCAAGAGUUUAGGUGCUGUUUUCUUGGGUGUUAUGUGGGUUUUGAGGAAGCUUUUUAGAGUUAGUUUGUCUGAAGAUAACACCUCAACGGAUACAGAUAUUAGGGGUUUAUCCAAAAAGGGUGACAAUGGUGUAAAUUGUAAUGAAAGUAAAAGUGAAAAAGCUCGCAGGAAAGCUGAAGAGAAAAGACAGGCGAGAUUAGAGAGGGAGCAAUUAGAGGAAGAGGAAAGGAAACAGAGGGAAGAAGUUGCAAAGUUAGUUGAAGAACGUAGGAAAUUAAGAGAUGAAAAAACAGUAACUGAAAAAGAUGAAGAAAAGGAUAAAAAAGAAACUGAAAGGAAACGCCACGAGAAAAAGAAAGAAACUGAAAGAAACAAGAAAGGGGACAUUGAUCGUGGUCAAAAUUUGACUUUAAGGUCCAACAUCACUGAAACAGGACAUGGGUCAAAGGGUACAACGGUAAAUACCCAUAACAACAAGGGAACUACUGUUGGUGGAAGGUAUUUGGAUCGAAUGAGGGGUAACUUUUUUCCAUCUUCAAGAACACUUGGCACUGGUGGUUUCUUUGGGAAAGGGACAAAUUCAAAUGCUGGAAACACAAGAGAACAUAGAUCCAUUUCUUAUUCAGAUCAUUCCCAAAAUACCCCUAAUAAGAGAGAUUCUGUCCAGAAUGAUCGUGGCUUUGGGAAAUCAAAUCCACAUCCAGAUGAUCAUAACCAUAUUCGUCCUGUGGUUUUUGAGCCCCAACCUUGUCCUCCUCCUAAAAGAUCAUGGCAACAGCUAUUCACUCGUUCAUCAACUACUACUCCAUCCACCACCACAAAUGUCAUAAGCCGACCAAACGGAGGAAUACCUAAUUCCAUUCCACCAACCGAAGGAAUCACCAAUUCCAUUCCGCUCGGAUUUCCAUCGAAUCCCAUUCUUCCACCGGAAGUGGAAGAAUUUGACAAUUUUCAAGACCCAUGUUACGUUCUGGACCCCGCAUCCUUAAUCGGGCCAGUCUCGGAAUCACUCGAUGAUUUUCAAUUGGACUUAGGGUUUGAAAAGUCAAGGCCCGUGAAGGCCCAUUCGGAAGUUAACAGGCCAUCACCGAUUGAGUCUCCUAUGUCAAGGUUAUCGGUUUCCAGCACUCAAAGUAAGACAAAUUUGCCCCUGGAAGAACACGGUGGUGGAAAUGAGAAGGAGUGGCAAAUGUGGAAUAGCACUCCUCUUUGUUUGGAUACUCUUGGGUUAAUGGGAAAAGCAGCGAAUGAUGAUCCAUGGGGGACAAUGAGAACUUCAUACGGGUCUAUGUCAAGUAAUAACAACGUUAACAUUAACAACAACCGUUUGAAGAACCUUCCGGAAGGAAUUGCUCAUAAUGUUUGGGCCAAAAAUGAGAAGGGUGCUGCUGGGGUUUCUGGUGAAGGGGUAGGAAUGGGAUCGGCAGGCUUGAUGAUGCCUCCUGUUGGUGGGCUUUACUCGGGUCAAGAUGUACAGGCAGUUUGGUCAUAUGAAUGAAAGAUUUAAGAAAAAAAAAAACAAAAACAAGAAACUAUGAAAGACUUUAAUAUACGUUUUUCUUUUAUGAAGAUGAAUGCUCUUUUGGAGG